CGCGCGUUUGUUUUCACUCGAAGUGUCUCUCGCUCGACGCGCAGCUCGCGAGCUUGUCGGAACUUAACUGUCGCGUCGCUCUUCGUCUCCGAUGGACAUCAAGUCUGGGGAGAAAAGGCUCUUCGGACAAUACAAGGAGCAACUAGUUAGAGGAAACAUCAUCACGCGUCCCACAGACUUAUUACGCAGCGGAGAGGAUGAAGGGGAGGAAUCGCGGCGGUUCGCGGGGUUUCUAACCAACGUGAGCAGCAGCAGCAGCGUCUCCAGCUCCACGUGUGCAGCGGCGCUCGCCAUGAGUUAGACGGACCCCCUUGGACUGACCGCCGCUGCUGCCUCCGUCCCUCUACCCCCCCCCCACCCACGCCACCCGGAGCCCCCGCGUCCGAGUGCGGCGGCUUCUCUCGCCCUGCUUCAUGAGCCAGCAGGAUGCGGCUGAGGUCCUCGCACUCUCCGAGCGCCUCCUCAUAGCGUCGCACAAGGGACAAGCCGACAAUGUGGUCCAGCUCAUCAACAAGGGCGCCAAAGUGGCCGUGACCAAGUAUGGCAGGAGCCCCCUGCACUUGGCCGCCUACAAAGGCCACAUCGCGGUCGUGCGCAUCCUGCUCAAAGCCGGCUGCGACCUGGACAUCCAAGACGACGGGGAGCAGACGGCGUUACAGCGGGCCGCCGUGGUGGGAAACGGCGACGUCAUCAGCGCUCUCAUUCAGGAAGGGUGUGCGUUGGACAGACAGGACAAGGACGGUAACGCGGCGCUCCAUGAGGUGUCCUGGCACGGAUUCAGCCAGUCCGUCAAAGUGCUGGUGAAGGGCGGCGCCAACGCUCACGCCAAAAACAAGGCAGGAAACACAGCUCUCCACCUCGCCUGUCAGAACGGCCACGCUCAGAGCGCCAAGGUGCUGCUGCUGGGGGGCGCCAGGCCCGACAGCAAGAACCACGCGGGGGACACGUGUCUGCAUGUUGCCGCCCGCUACAACCACGUGGCGGUGAUCCGCAUCUUGCUGGGAGCCUUCUGCUCCGUGGCAGAGAAAAACCAGGCUGGGGACACGCCGCUGCACGUGGCAGCUGCUCUGAAUCAUAAGAAGACGGUACGCCUGCUGCUGGAGGCGGGAGCGGACAGCCACAUCUGCAACAAUGCGGGUCAGACGGCUCUGGACCAGGCCAGAGAACACAACAACCCAGACGUGGCUCUGCUGCUGACCAAAGCUCCCCAGGUGCAGAGUUUUGUGCGUGGCAGGAGUGCGAGGAAGAGGAGGGAGAAGAUGAAGGCGGAGGGCAGAGCUCAGUCUGUGCCCAGAGACGAGGCGCUGCCCUGUAAGGACAGCGCCGCAGACGACAGCCAGAGCAGCGACCGACCCGCCUGCAGACACGCCGACGUCCCCGAGACCAACAGCAGGGCGGCAAAGAACAGGAAGCGGAAGGACAAACCGUCUUUGUCCGAGCCGCUGCGCCGCAGAGAGACCAGGCACAGCGACGGCGUACGCAAGAGGAAAAGCAAACCGCCGGGAGCCGACAUCCCUCCACAUAACUACAAAGCCUACCAGCUCUACACGCUGUACCGCGGCAAGGACGGCAAGGUCAUGCAGGCUCCUCUGAACGGCUGCCGCUGUGAACCUCUCAUCAGUAAACUGGAGAACCAGCUGGAGGCCACCAAGGAGGAGAUGAAGACCGAAAUCCACACCGUCCAGGACCUGAUGAACAGCAAGAUGGGCCAGCUGGACCGCAAGAACAAACACCAGAUCCGAGCUCUUGACAAGAUGACGGUGGAGCGAGUGUCUGCGGAGAGGACCGAGUGUCUGCAGAGGAUCCAACAGCGGGCCCUGCAGGAGAGGCUGGAAGCAGAGAAGAGCCAGCAGGCGUCUCUGGUCAGCGAGCUGAAGACGUGGUGUCUGUCCAAGCUGCACAGCGGAGAGCCCGACGCCGGCGGCAAGCUGCGGCGCUCCUCCUCCGCCGCCGAGGGCCUGAGCGAGGAAGCAGCCGGCGUCACCGUGCUGCCCUCUGGCCGGGGGGGCAGCCUCCAGGGCCCGGAGCUCCACGACGGCCCGGCUCCCCUGGACUCCAGCCGGGGGGAGUCCGGCUCAGCCAACCACUACUUUGUGGUUCACGUGGAGAGCUCGCCAGAUGGUGACAAGGCUCCCGCUGCAGAGGUCAGCGCUCCCGCUGCUGCAGAGAUUCCCGCAGUCCAGGUGGUCCGGCCCAAGGAGCGUUCCGGGAUCUGUGCCGACACCCAGAAGAAGAACCAGGACCUGCAGGACGCCGGGCGCGAGGCGAGGGGGGGCAGGAAGUGCAGAUCCAGCAGCCUUUCUCCGGCCACAGAGCGCCGCUGCGCCACAACCGAGGCCGGGCUCAGAGGGCGGGACCAAGGGAAACGCCACAGGAAGCACAGCCGCAGCAGGACUAAGUCCAGAGGGGCCGCGGGGGUCAGGACUCUGGAGGUCUUUGGGGACCAGCCCAGUGAGCCCUGCUUUGCUCAGGAGAGGGACAACAUGCACGCACAGGAGGUGACCCAGUACUUCUUCGAGGCGGUGUCGGCGCAGAUGGAGCGCUGGUACGAGAGGAAGGUGCAGGAGGCGCGCUGGCAGGCGGAUCAGAAGGCUCAGGCCGACCGGGACGCUCUGAUGGAGAGGAUCGGAUACCUGGAGGACGAGCUGCGCAUGCUCAGGACUAACAGACACGACGACCGCUAACACACACACACACACACACUCUCCAUGUGAGGUUCCAGCGCCGUCGGCCUUUGGACAGCUGGAGUGCAGAUCUGUUUUCCUUCUGAACCGGGCCGAGCAUCCCGGAGUACUGAAAACAUUCCUCACUCAGUGCCCUGUCCCACAAGGGCUGCCGAGUGCAACUUCUCACACUAAUGCAUCAUAUGAAACACGUGCACAUGUUGGGAGGAUAAAAGUGAUCCGUGUAGCUCCAUGAGACGUGUGUAGAAGUUUACGAUGUAACAGUGUCUGCAUGUUGACGUUAGAAGAGCAACUCUGAUUAUAUGAGCAUGUAACCGUACGACACCUGGAGGUUUAUUGUAUUGAGGCUGCCCAUAGAACACGUUUGUAUAUAUAAGCAGCGACAGUAAUUAACAUUUUAAACAACCCCGACAUUAUUUGGACUGAGCAAGACACCCAACUCCUAAUUGCUCCCCGGGGACACAAUGUAAAAAGCCACGGGUUUAAAGUGUAAUGUAAGUCGCUUUGGAUAAAAGCGUCAGCUAAAUGACCUGUAAUGUAAUGUAAUGGUAGUCAUGACCUAAAAAAGAAAAGCUCUAAUUAUCAGCUCUCUUCAGACUCCAUAGAUUUAAACUAACAAGUCCACACGUGACAUUUACCGUCUCAUGGUUCAGUGGAGAAGGGACACGUCUCCACACCGAGGGUCUGUUCUCACUCAGUACUACGUUAUUGAUCAAUAGGUGACUUCUGGUUUGGGGCUGAACCAGCGGAGGAUUUGAGGACUGUCCUCAUUUUUUCCACAAAAGGACGCGGAUCAGCUUCCAGCAGGCCGACGUUGAAGAUGAACCACGAAGAAAGCGCAGCGUUGUUUUGUGGCGGUCGUGUUGGUUGGUUGGUUUUACACACAUGGAUGUGAGCAAUGCACUGCGUGAUUACGAUAAACAUUUUGUAUAAAAGAUUCUGAAUCUGUUCAUUGGUCCCUCUUUGUUACGUAUAUAAUUUACAUAUUGAGCUGUAUUUGUUUCUGUCCUUUUUUCCCACAUUCAUUGACAUUUUAUGAAUUCUAAAAAAUUCUGACAUACUAUGAACUCAAAAUAAAAAAGCAAACUGUUAAUUUACUAAGACUUUAGACGUGCUACACUGGGGUUAGAAAGCAUGUAGGUGUAUAGUGCGUCAUUGCACACCCUGAUUUCCUGCAGCGUCCUUUGCUGCCCCCCUGUGGAGAAACACCAGAACACAAAACUACAUUCAGAAGUUCUUGUAAGCUGAUGUUUUUAUUCUGUUCUAGAAGUAAAGUCGACUUUACAAAAAUAACAUUUUCACUUCCCGAAAACAACUAAACAUUCUGCUGUUAAUGGCCAAAGUUUGAGCGCAAUUAUAUUACUUAUGUAAGUUGAUAAAUGGAUGCAAAACAUAACCGAAGAAGUAGAAUUCAUUAAAACGAUUACAUUUACAUAUUAAAGAGUCAGUUUCUGUAUUUUAAAAGUUAAUUUGACACACGGUGUCAUUUGGUCAAAGAAAGUAACGUUAGCAGCUAAAUGAAAUAUUAUUGAAUAAUGUAACAGUUGGAUGGUUGACAACUAAAAGGAUUUACCUUUUUUUAAAUGAACACCAGUUAUUGUUCUGGUAAACAAUGUAACAUACAAUAAAAACAAUAUUUGAAUGUU